CUAUUAGGUAAAAGAUACUUCUCCUUACCCCAAUUAUCUAUGUACAAAUGUAAAUAGGAAGGUACAUAGUACCGUGCUAAUAAGUUAUUUGUUUGUGUAUGUGUUAGUGUGGAAACGGCAGUGGCGGUGGGUGAACGUGCUUUGUGAAAUAGAAAAAAUAUCGGAAAAAACUAACACGAAACAAUAGUGAUUGCGUAAAAAGUCAGUUUGUUGACUCUAUUUUAAUUUUAUACCACUGCAAGUGUCAUCUGCAGCUAUUUAUAGAGCCCCCUGCCUGAGUAAUCUAAUCAUUCAUUAUCGCGUAAUUGUCGUCGUAACAAUAUAUCGGCGCAGUCAGUGCAAAGGUGACCGUCAACAAAAAUGGCAGAGCCAAAAGUGUGUGAAGAUCUUUUGAGAGAAAGAAGGAAAUGUACGUUCGAUGUAACGGAACUUACCAAUUUAAUUGAUGGAGGAGCUCAGGGCACCGAAGAAAGACAUUAUGUUGAGAACCUGGUGCUAAAUACAGAAGGAUUGAGCACAAAGAAUGAGGUGCCAGAGGAAUACCUCAGCCACAAGGAAAGAUACGAGUAUGCCGUCAAGAAGGCUUGCAUUUUGUAUGAGGUUCUCAAGGAGUACGCGGCUAAACAUAACACCAUGGAUGCUUUCAAGCCAACAAAUAAGUACCGUGUGACAUUCGGUGUUGUGAAAGACAUAUCACCGUUCAUGUUACACAUGGGGAUGUUCGUGCCGACCAUACUGAACCAGUCAGACCCUGAACAGAUGGCCGAGUGGCUGCCACAAGCCAUGUCCAUGGGGAUCCUUGGAACAUAUGCACAGACUGAACUCGGCCACGGAACCUUCUUGAGAGGAUUAGAAACAACAGCUACAUAUGAUCCUGCCACAGAAGAAUUUGUGCUGCACACUCCUACCCUGACAGCUUACAAGUGGUGGCCAGGAGGAUUGGCUCACACAGCUAACCACUGCAUCGUAGUGGCCCAGCUGUAUUCGAAGGGUGUAUGCUAUGGCGUCCAUCCAUUCUUCGUUCAAAUCCGUGACACGGAAACCCAUAUGCCUCUUCCUGGUGUGAAAGUAGGAGAGAUUGGACCGAAGAUGGGUUUCCAAACAGCCAACAAUGGUUUCCUUGGAUUCGAUCACUACAGAAUUCCAAGAAGAAGCAUGUUGAUGAAGAAUGCUCAAAUUUUGAAGGAUGGAACAUACGUUAAAUCUAAAAACGACAAGCUGACGUACGGAACCAUGGUGUUCGUGAGGGUCCUCAUUGUCACUGAUGUGGCUUACGAACUCUCAAGAGCUGCUACCAUUGCUGUCAGAUAUUCUGCAGUCAGACACCAGUCGCAGCCAAAACCUGGUCAACCGGAGCCUCAGAUCCUGGAUUACGUGACACAGCAACACAAGCUGUUUAUCGGAGUGGCGACCAGCCAUGUCUUCAGAGUGACUGGCUGCUGGCUGUGGGACAGUUACUCCCAGGUCAUCGCUGAUGUUGGCAAGGGCAAUAUGGAUCAACUGCCCGAGCUCCACGCUCUAGCAUGUUGCUUGAAAGCUGUGUGCAGUCGGGACGCGACAGCGCGCGUUGAGGAGUUCAGGCUCGCGUGUGGAGGGCAUGGGUUCAUGGCUUCCUCCAACCUGCCCAUCAUCAACGGUAUUGUGGCCGCUACCAUCACCUACGAGGGUGAAUACACCGUGCUCAUGCUGCAGACUGCCAGAUUCCUUGUGAAAGCUUGGAAGCAAGCAACACUGGGUAACGCAAUGACGCCAACAGUGUCUUAUUUGGUGCGGUUCGUGAACAACGACCGUGUGAGAUGGGAGAACAGCCCCGAGGGUAUCGUUAGUGGCUUCCUGGCCAUCGCUGCAGGAAAGACGAAAGCUGCUUGUGAAAGCCUUCAGGAAUAUGAAAGGAGCGGUAUGGAUUAUGAAGACGCUUGGAACAGUGCUUCAGUUCAGCUAGUUAAUGCUAGUGAGGCUCACUGUCGCGCCAUCUUAUGUGAAGUAUCGUGGAGGGAACUGUCACGUCUUGCAGCCCAGUCGUCACCGAGUCUUGGCAAAGUGCUGCUGCAGAUGGGUGAACUGUACCUCAUUUACUGGGCUCUCGAAAAACGGGGAGAUCUUCUAUUGUAUUCAACAAUAACGGGGGCUGACAUCGCCAAGCUGCAGGCCAGAUAUGAAGUUCUGUUAGGAUUGCUGCGACCCAACGCCGUCGGGCUUGUCGACGCUUUCGACAUCAGAGAUGAGAUCCUCAAUUCUACACUAGGCGCGUACGACGGCCGCGUAUACGAACGCCUGAUGGAGGAAGCGCUGAAGAGUCCUCUGAACGCGGAGCCAGUCAACCAGAGCUUCCACAAAUACCUCAAGCCUCUGAUGAUGAAAGCCAAACUGUGAUAUUUUGAAAUAUUUAAGAAAUAUAAAGUACAAUAAUGUUUAAUAUGGUUUCGGAUUGCAUAAAGAAUGGGUAAAAUGUACAUAAAAUGUAACAAUUUUUCAAUCAAAGUAGGUACGUAUUAUUACGAAUUUCGUGUUGGAAUUCUUAAUAAUGGUACGAACGUUUGUGCCAGUGAUUUUGAUUGGAUAUUUUUACACGGGGCUCAUGUCAUGAUUGGUGAAAAUUGUAUGUAAACACAAAGUAAUAGGUCACCGCCCAUUAACUCUUUUGGAACUAAGAAAGCGCAUGAAAUGCCGCCUUUUUCAAUGCAAUUUAAAGAGGCGGAUGGAAGAGGUACCCAGUGAUUUUUGAUAAAGACUUUUUAUAUUUCUUUUUUCGACAACUCGAUA